AACCAACUCCUCUGAAACUCUCGGCAGCACCUUAGCAUCGCAAUUCUUUCACUAGCAACUGUCCUUAUCCAGUACUCGGUGAAAUCGUAAUAUACUACCAAUAUGAAUCCUGUAUUGAAUGGUCCUGCACCUGCCGAGGACCAAGCCAAGUUAUUGGAGGAGGCGCUCAAUGUCGUGAAAGUGCAAGCUCACCACAUGAAGAAAUGCUUGGAUAAUAACAAGCUGAUGGAUGGCUUGAAACACUGUUCAACUAUGCUUGCUGAGUUGCGCACCUCAGCUUUGACACCGAAAAACUACUAUGAGCUUUAUAUGGCUAUCUUUGAUGCUCUUCGCCAUUUGACAAUUUAUCUUAUUGAGGCUCACACUGCUGGACGCCAUCAUCUUGCUGACCUCUAUGAGCUUGUUCAAUAUGCUGGGAACAUUGUACCUCGAUUAUACCUCAUGAUCACUGUUGGUGCUGCUUAUAUGAGUAUCAAGGAAGCACCUGUUCGUGAAAUUAUGCGAGAUAUGAUGGAAAUGUCUCGAGGUGUGCAGCAUCCUACAAGGGGUCUCUUCUUGAGACACUAUCUUAGCGGUAUGACGCGUGAUUAUCUUCCUGUUGGCGAUGGUGAAGGUCCCGAGGGUAAUUUGAGCGAAUCUAUUAAGUUCAUACUCAUCAACUUUACCGAGAUGAACAAGCUUUGGGUUCGCUUGCAGCAUCAAGGUCAUUCUCGCGACCGCGAAAAGCGUGAAGCCGAGAGAAGAGAACUAAAGAUUUUGGUUGGAACAAACUUGGUUAGACUCAGCCAACUGGAAGGAGUAGAUCUGGAAAUUUACAAAACCACCAUCAUGCCCGGAGUUCUCGACCAGGUAGUUAGCUGCCGUGAUGUUAUCGCUCAAGAGUACUUGAUGGAAGUUAUUAUUCAGGUCUUCCCAGACGAAUAUCACUUGAGAAGUCUGGAGCCUUUCCUGACCGCGACCGCUCAAUUGCACCCCAAGCUCAAUGUGAAAUCUAUCAUUAUCGCAUUAAUUGAUCGCUUGGCUGCAUUUGCUGCUCGUGAGGCAGAAUCUGAAACAGAAGAUCAAACAAAAGCCAAAUUGCUCGCUAUCACAGCUGAAGAGAAAGAAAAGAGAAAGAACCAAACUCAAGCUAAAGCUAACAGUGACGAAGGAGAAGAAGAAGCUGAACCCGCCACUGAAGAGGAGAAAGAAGACGACGGAGAGCAAGAAGAUGAAGCUCCGGCAGAAAAUGGACACGAAAAGACAGCUGAUGCCGAUGUUGAAGAAAAUGAAGAUGGCUCAGUGAAGAAGUAUCGUGGUAUCCCUCAAGAUGUGGAACUUUUUGUUGUCUUUUGGACUCAAAUUGUUGAGCUGGUUAAGCAACGCCCCGAUCUCACCGUCCAAGAUCUCACCGCUUUGCUUGUGUCUUUAACUAAUCUCUCGCUCUCAUGUUACCCAGAGAAGAUUAAUUAUGUCAACCAAGUCCUCACAUAUGCCAAGGACAAGGUCAUAGAAUUCUCUGACACUCCUGAUCUUCACUCCAAGAUAACCGAAUCAAAUUUGUUGGCCCUCCUAUUGGCACCCAUUACAAACUACCCAACAGUUUUGACUUUGUUGCUACUCGAUAGCUACCAACCACUUCUUGCACUUCAGACAUAUAGUACUCGUAAGUCUGUUGCUCAAGCCAUUAUAUCCAGCGUUCUCCGAAAUGAGACCAUCAUUAGUGAGCCGGAGGAGGUCAAUGGUGUAUUGGAAAUGUGCGAUGUUUUGAUUCGUGACCAGAAGGACGCCCCUGUUAUCACAACAGCUCAGUCUCCAGCUGCUUACGGAAACGCUCGUAACAGAAAGGCCGAGUUCGCUAGUCCAGAGCAAGAGGAACUUGCUGAGGAGCAAGGCUGGCUAGCAAGAAUUAUUCAUUUGUUACGUUCCGACGACGAAGACAAGCAGUUCUUGCUACUGUCUGCUGCCAGAAAGCAAUUGUCUGAAGGCGGAGAGCGUGUCAGAUAUACCUUCCCUCCUUUGACUGUCUCCGCUAUAAAACUUGCUCGACGAUACAAGCUUCAGGAAAAUCAGGAUGAAAAUUGGGAAAAGAAGAUCGCAGCAUUAUUCCGCUUCAUUCAUCAAGUUAUUGCAUUAUUGGAAAGCAAGACUGAAUCUUCCGAUACUUGCCUUCGAAUGUAUCUCUUGGCCGGACAAAGUGCCGACGAAUGUGGAUUUGAGGAUGUUGCUUAUGAAUUUUUCGUUCAAGCUUUCACGAUAUACGAGGAUUCUAUUUGCGAUUCUAGAGCACAGUAUCAAGCAAUUACCCUUAUUGUUGGUACACUACAGACAACUCGCGUAUUCUCGUAUGACAACUAUGAUACUCUGAUUACCAAAGCUGCAUUGCACGGAUCGAAAUUGUUGAAGAAGGCCGAUCAAUGUCGUGCUGUUUACAUGUCGUCACAUUUGUGGUGGGCAACCGAACGAUUCAACGAGACUGAAGGUGAAGAAAAAGAACUCUUCCGCGAUGGUCAACGUGUUCUGGAAUGUCUCCAAAAAGCCCUCAAGAUUGCUGAUAGUACACUGGACGCUGUCACCAACGUUGAACUCUUUGUUGAAAUCCUUAACCGAUAUAUCUACUACUUCGAACAACGCAAUGAAGCUGUCACUGUCAAGUACCUCAACGGCUUGAUUGACCUCAUCAAUACCAACCUGGCCAAUAUGGACAAUCCCGAUCAACACCCCAGGUCUUCCAGUUCUUCAUCCCUGUUCGAGAUUGAAGGUCCUGUUUCCGAAUAUGUCAGCCGACACUUCAAGUCUACCUUGUUGCAUCUUCAAAACCGCGCAGAAGUCGCUCGUGCCAAGGUUGCGCAUGAUAGCAACUAUGAAGGUGCUCGAUACGACGAGGUUGAUCUCGGUGGUAUAUAAUUUUAAGGUAGUCAAUAAAUUCAACGUUCAACUUGGUUCUUAUACAAUCAGAUGUUUUGGCCCCGCCUCCAACCAACAUUUUCUUUU